CGUCAUUACCGUUAAGCCCUUUUAUUUUCACAUUAAUUAGUGUGAGCUUAAUACACUUCAUUACUCGCGCACACACACACACUCACUCUUCUUCACUCUUCACACUUCACUGGCUCUCUCUCUCUCUCUCUCUCUCUCUCUCUCUCUGCAGAGCGACAAUGGCGGCAACAAGUCACCUCGUUGCUCAUGCUACCUUGUUCCUCUCUCUGGUUUUUCACAUGCAUCUUCUGGUUAGCGGCUCUACCAGCCAAGAUAUGGAGGCUCUUUUGGCCUUCAAAGCUGGUUCAGACGCGUCGGAGAAGCUAACGAGUUGGAACAACAGCACCAACCUGUGCAGCUGGGACGGUGUCUCCUGCAUCAACAACCGAGUCACGCGACUCGUUCUGGAGAACCUCGACCUCCAAGGUUCCAUUCAACCCUUAACUUCACUCACUCAACUGCGAGUUCUCAGCCUCAAGCGAAACCGUUUCUCUGGAACCCUUCCCUCUCUCUCUAACUUCACCGCCCUCAAGCUUCUCUUCCUCUCUUACAACCACUUCUCCGGUGACUUUCCAGCCACAGUGACCUCUCUCUUCCGCCUCUAUCGUCUCGAUCUGUCCCACAACAACCUCUCCGGCGAGAUUCCGGCGACAGUCAACCACUUAGCCCACCUUCUCACUCUCCGUCUCGAGGAGAACCGUUUCUCUGGCUACAUUCCUGGCGUCAACCUCCCAAACCUGCAAGACUUCAACGUCUCCGGGAACCUCCUCUCCGGCGAGAUACCGAAGUCGCUCUCGGCUUUCCCCGUAUCCUCGUUCGGGCAAAACCCUUCUCUCUGCGGAGCCCCGAUUCAGAACUGCACCGGAGUGGUGCCUGACCCUACAAAACCCGGAUCCGAGGGCGCCAUUGCGUCCCCAGUGGUGCCACGUGGCGGCGCCACAACAACAGUGUCAUCUUCCCCGAGUUCAAUGCCAGCAAAUGACGGUGGAGCAGCUCCAAAAACCACGAAAACACAUAGAAACGGAGGUUCGAAGAUAAGCCCGGUGGCUCUAAUAGCCAUAAUUGUGGGCGAUGUAUUGGUACUGGGCAUUGUGUCAUUGCUUCUAUAUUGCUACUUCUGGAGGAACUACUCGGCGAAGUUGAAGGAAGGGAAAGGAUCAAAGCUUUUCGAGAGCGAGAAGAUUGUGUAUUCUUCGAGUCCGUACCCUGCACAAGGAGGAGGAGGAGGGUUUGAGAGGGGGAAAAUGGUGUUCUUCGAAGGCGAGAAGAGGUUCGAAUUGGAGGACUUGCUUCGAGCGUCUGCUGAGAUGCUGGGAAAAGGUGGGUUCGGAACGGCGUACAAAGCGGUUCUUGAUGAUGGGAACGUUGUUGCGGUGAAGAGGCUGAAAGAUGCGCAGAUUGGAGGGAAGAGAGAGUUCGAGCAGCACAUGGAGCUUCUUGGAAGGUUGAGGCAUCAGAAUAUCGUGAGCUUGAGGGCUUACUAUUUUGCCAGAGACGAGAAGUUGUUGGUCUACGAUUACAUGCCCAAUGGAAGCUUGUUCUGGCUCCUUCAUGGGAACCGAGGACCGGGGAGAACCCCACUGGACUGGACCACUCGGCUCAAGAUAGCAGCUGGAGCGGCGCGUGGCGUGGCCUUCAUUCACAACUCGUGUAAGUCCCUCAGGCUCAACCACGGUAACAUCAAAUCCACCAACAUUCUCUUAGACAAGCAGGGAAAUGCCCGGGUAUCAGAUUUUGGGCUGUCCGUGUUCGCGGGCCCAGGCCCAUCAACAUCUGGUGUCAGAUCCAACGGCUAUCGUGCUCCCGAGGUGUCAUCUGACGGUCGAAAACAGUCCCAAAAGUCUGACGUGUACUCGUUCGGUGUAUUCUUGCUUGAGUUGCUGACGGGGAAGUGCCCCUCGGCGGUGGAGGGUGGUGGUGCGCCCGCGGUGGACCUGCCAAGGUGGGUCCAGUCCGUUGUGAGGGAGGAAUGGACCGCUGAGGUAUUUGAUUUGGAGCUGAUGAGGUACAAGGACAUUGAAGAGGAGAUGGUUGGGCUGUUGCAGGUUGCUAUGGCGUGCACUGCCCCUGCACCUGAUCAACGGCCUAGCAUGAGCCACGUGGUCAAGAUGAUCGAGGAGUUGCGUGGGGUGCAGGUGUCACCGUGUCAUGACACGUUGGACUCUGUGUCUGAGUCACCUUCCGUCUCCGAAGAUGCAUGUGGAGCUAGUCAGUGAAUAAUAAACCUUGGGUAGCGUUGUAAAUC